GGGAAGCAGAUGUAACAAUCGACUCUGCACUUCUGUAGCGCCGCCGCGAUCCUCUCGAGUAUAUUUUAUGUCCCUGAAUGAUGACGCGUGCAUCGUCGUCAUUUUCAAUCGUCAAAACAUUCAGUUGUGUAAUUUUCUGCUCACAGCAGACGGGUAGCGUCCACGCAAAAUGUCUCUUUUACGCGUUUACUGUACUACAGUUUUUGUAAAGAAAGGUUUAUUUUUAGAGUCGACUUAUACUGCAUGUCAGAGGACAGCAGGAUAUGCAUCUGGUGGUGUGGCCAAGGAUAAAGCACCCUUAAAGAAAGCCAAAACACCCCAAGGACGCUUUGACACGGACGAAAUCGAGUCAAAAUCUAAAGAUGUUUCUGAACGAUUUCUAGAUGACGUGAAUCCAGAAACUAAGGAGAAAGGUGGUCCCAGAGGUCCUGAACCUACACGAUACGGUGAUUGGGAGAGAAAGGGACGUUGUAUUGACUUUUAAUUUGCCCUGUUAAAAAUAUCCAAAUGUAUUUAUUUUAACAUUUGAAUGAGUUAUAAUUCUGCAUACAGAUACAAAGAGAGAAUUUCUGUAAAGUUUGUCUUUGCCGGUUGUAUGGACCUACUAUGGAGGAUGAAGAAUAGUUUGUGUAAAAGUAGUUUGAACUACUUGAAAAGUUCUGUUCAGCCUGUAAUUUACAUUUUGAAAAGAAUCUGCUGUUGGAAAUUGAAUGUUUUUAUUCUCUUUGAAAGUGAGUAACAAAGUCUGCAAGGCCUGAAAGAUCUUUUCAAAGAAUAAACACAUUCAACUAUUUAUUUUUUUGUCAGGAGAUUUCAUACAUUCAUAUUAAGUUUUGUCACAAGGACAUGUGUUUGUUAUCAUGUAAAUGAGUCAGUUUGUGGGGGAAAAAAAGUUAUUACUGCAAUAGUUUUCCUAUGUAUCUGCACAUGGUUUGUUACAGAUAAGCAGUACAAUAUCAGCAUUUAAGUAGGUUAUGCAUUAUCAGGGAACAACAGCAAGACUGGGAGAGAAAGCAUUCAAAUGAACAUUUACCAAGGUUAUAACUCUGCAAAUAUCACAAAACUGUACAAACGAUGGUAAAUUGGCUGAUUUCUCGCAGAGUAUGAUAAAUCUUGAAGGCACAUUCAAUAAACAAGUUAUAUAAAUUA